GACCAAGGAGCUCUGGAGUUGUCUGGAGGCCCACCGAGCCCCAGACCCAGGAGGCCCAGGGAGCUGGAAGUGACCCUCAGGCAGCAAGACCUCAAAGGAAGAGUAAGAUUCCCGUUUACAGCUGUGCAUCACCCGGAGUGGGGCUCCUGUCAGGAGAAAAGGCCAUCACUCAGGAAGCGGCUCAGCGGCAGCUGCUCCAUGAGGAGCUGAAGCUGGUCCUGCAGCAGAAGGAAGAGGGGACACGGGAGCCUGAGUCCCAGGUGACUCUCUGCAGAACUAUGGAGGCCAGGAGCCGCAGCGCUGAGGAGCUGAGACGGGCGGAGUUAGUGGAAAUUAUCGUGGAGACCGAGGCACAGACCGGGGUCAGCGGCUUCAACGUAGCAGGCGGCGGCAAAGAAGGAAUCUUUGUCCGCGAGCUGCGAGAGGACUCGCCGGCGGCUAAGAGCCUCAGCUUGCAAGAAGGGGACCAGCUGCUGAGUGCCCGUGUGUUCUUUGAGAACUUCAAAUACGAGGAUGCACUUCGCUUGCUGCAAUGCGCAGAGCCCUACAAGGUGUCCUUCUGCUUGAAGCGCACUGUGCCCACCGGGGACCUGGCACUGAGGCCGGGGACGGUGUCUGGAUACGAGAUGAAGGGCCCGCGGGCCAAAGUGGCCAAGCUGAACAUCCAGAGUCUGUCCCCUGUGAAGAAGAAGAAGAUGGUGACUGGGGCCCUGGGGACCCCUGCAGAUUUGGCCCCUGUUGAUGUCGAGUUCUCUUUUCCCAAGUUCUCCCGACUGCGUCGGGGUGUCAAAGCCGAGGCUGUCAAGGGACCUGUCCCAGCUGCCCCUGCCCGUCGCCGCCUCCAGCUGCCUCGGCUUCGUGUCCGAGAAGUAGCUGAAGAGGCCCAGGUAGCCCGAAUGGCUGCUGCUGCUCCUCCCCCAAGGAAGGCCAAGGCAGAAGCUGAGGCAGCCACAGGAGCUGGGUUCACAGCCCCUCAGAUAGAGCUAGUUGGGCCUCGGUUGCCUAGUGCUGAGGCGGGUGUCCCUCAGGUCUCAGUUCCCAAGGGGACCCCCUCAACAGAGGCAGCCAGCGGCUUUGCCCUUCACCUGCCAGCCCUUGGGCUAGGAGCCGCAGCUGCACCGGCUGUGGAGCCCCCAGCCACGGGAAUCCAGGUUCCACAAGUGGAACUCCCCACCCUGCCCUCUCUACCCACUCUUCCCACACUUCCAUGCCUGGACGCCCAGGAAGGGGCUGCAGUGGUAAAAGUCCCCACCCUGGAUGUGGCAGCUCCGUCUGUGGGGGUGGACCUGGCUUUGCCAGGUGCAGAGGUGGAGGCCCAGGGAGAGGUUCCUGAAGUGGCCCUCAAGAUGCCCCGGCUUAGUUUCCCCCGUUUUGGGAUUCGAGGGAAGGAAGCCACUGAAGCCAAAGUGGUCGAGGGCAGCCCCGAGGCCAAAGCAAAGGGUCCCAGACUUCGAAUGCCCACCUUUGGGCUUUCUCUCCUGGAACCCCGGCCCUCUGGCCAGGAAGCUGUUGCUGAGAGCAAGCUGAGGCUUCCCACCCUCAAGAUGCCUUCUUUCGCCAUCGGUGUGGCUGGGCCUGAGGUCAAGGCACCCAAAGGGCCUGAAGUAAAGCUCCCUAAGGUUCCUGAGGUCAAACUCCCCAAAGUACCUGAGGCAGCCAUCCCAGAUGUGCAACUCCCUGAGGUACAGCUGCCCAAAAUGUCAGACAUGAAACUUCCAAAGAUCCCCGAGAUGGUUGUACCCGACAUUCACCUUCCAGAAGUGCAGCUGCCCAAAGUCCCUGAGAUGAAAGUCCCAGAGAUGAAGCUCCCAAAGGUGCCCGAGAUGGCUGUGCCCGAUGUACACCUUCCAGAUGUACAGCUCCCAAAAGUUCCAGAGAUGAAGCUCCCGAAGGUGCCCGAGAUGGCUGUGCCCGAUGUACACCUUCCAGAUGUACAGCUCCCAAAAGUUCCAGAGAUGAAGCUCCCGAAGGUGCCCGAGAUGGCCGUGCCCGAUGUACGACUCCCGGAAGUUCAGCUGCCCAAAGUGUCUGAGGUGAAGCUCCCAAAGAUGCCUGAGAUGGCCGUGCCUGAUGUCCACCUCCCGGAGCUGCAACUGCCCAAAAUGUCCGAGGUGAAGCUCCCAAAGAUCCCCGAGAUGGCCAUGCCCGAUGUUCACCUCCCGGAAGUUCAGCUGCCCAAAGUGUCAGAAAUGAAACUCCCUAAGAUGCCGGAGAUGACCAUGCCCGACAUUCGCCUCCCGGAAGUUCAGUUGCCCAAAGUGCCCGACAUUAAACUUCCUGAAAUGAAGCUUCCAGAAAUAAAACUCCCUAAAGUGCCUGACAUGGCAGUGCCUGAUGUCCCCCUUCCAGAGCUGCAGUUACCCAAAGUGUCAGACAUUCGGCUGCCUGAAAUGCAAGUGUCACAGGUCCCAGAGGUGCAUCUUCCCAAGAUGCCAGAGAUGAAGUUGUCCAAGGUUCCUGAGGUGCAGAGGAGACCUGCAGGGGCGGAGCAGGCGAAAGGGACUGAAUUUAGUUUCAAGUUGCCCAAGAUGACCGUGCCCAAAUUGGGGAAAGUGGGCAAGCCUGGGGAGGCAGGUAUUGAGGUUCCAGACAAACUCAUGACACUUCCCUGUCUGCAGCCAGAGGUGGGCACUGAGGCGUCCCGUGUUGGUGUCCCUUCCCUCUCUCUCCCCUCUGUGGAGCUAGACUUGCCUGGGGCCCUGGGCCUGGAGGGACAAGUCCAAGAAGCUGUCCCGGGCAAAGUGGAGAAGCCAGAGGGCCCCAGGGUGGCAGUGGGUGUUGGAGAGGUGGGCUUUCGUGUGCCCUCUGUGGAGAUUGUCACUCCUCAGCUGCCCACAGCUGAAGUUGAGAAAGAGCAGCUAGAGAUGGUGGAGAUGAAAGCCAAACCCUCUUCCAGGUUCUCUCUGCCCAAAUUCGGACUUUCAGGGCCCAAAGCUGUCAAGGCAGAGGUGGAGGGGCCUGGGCGAGCCACCAAGCUGAAAGUAUCCAAGUUUACCAUCUCACUUCCCAAAACUCGAGCAGGGACUGAGGCCGAAGUGAAGGGAGCUGGGGAAGCCGGGUUGCUGCCAGCGCUGGAUCUGUCCAUCCCGCAGCUCAGCCUGGAUGCUCAACUGCCCUCAGGCAAAGUGGAAGUAACUGACAGCAAGCCUAAGGUGCCCAGAUUUGCUCUGCCCAAGUUUGGGGUGAAAGGCCGGGACUCUGAGGCUGAUGUACUGGUGGCAGGGGAGGCUGAGCUUGAGGGAAAGGGUUGGGGCUGGGAUGGGAAGGUGAAGAUGCCCAAGCUGAAAAUGCCGUCUUUUGGGCUGUCGCGAGGAAAGGAAGCAGAAACUCAGGAUGGACGUGUCAGCCCGGGGGAAAAGCUGGAGUUCAUAGCUGGGCAGCUUAAGAUCCCUGAGGUGGAAUUGGUCACACCAGGAGCUCAGGAGACAGAGAAGGUCAUCAGUGGCAUGAAGCCGUCAGGCGUCCAGGUGUCCACCACUGGGCAGGUGGUUGCAGAGGGCCAGGAGAGUGUGCAGAGGGUGUCCACACUAGGCAGCUCUUUGCCCCAGGUGGAACUGGCCAGCUUUGGGGAGGCAGGCCCUGAGAUUGCAGCCCCUUCUGCAGAGGGUACGGCAGGCUCUAGGGUCCAGGUGCCACAGGUGAUGCUGGAGCUACCUGGAACCCAGGUGUCAGGAGGUGAUCUGUUAGUGGGCGAGGGCAUCUUCAAGAUGCCCACAGUGACAGUGCCCCAGCUAGAGCUGGAUGUGGGGCUGGGCCAUGAAGCCCAGGCUGGUGAAGCAGCCAAGAGUGAGGGUGGGUUAAAGCUGAAGUUGCCCACACUGGGGACCGCAAGCAGAGGAGAGGGUGUUGAGCCCCAGGGGCCCGAGGCCCAGCGCACCUUCCACCUCUCAUUGCCUGAUGUGGAACUCAUGUCACCAGUGAGUAGCCAUGCUGAGUACCAGGUGGUUGAGGGCGAUGGGGAUGGCGGGCACAAACUCAAGGUUCGGCUGCCCCUGUUCGGUCUGGCGAAGGCCAAGGAAGGGAUAGAAGUUGGAGAAAAGGUUAAGAGUCCAAAGCUCAGGCUACCCCGAGUGGGCUUCAGCCAAAGUGACUCGGUCUCCGGAGAAGGCUCUCCCAGUCCUGAGGAGGAGGAGGAAGGCAGUGGGGAAGGGGUUUCCAGUCGCCGGGGUAGGGUAAGGGUCCGCCUACCUCGUGUAGGCUUGGCUUCCCCUUCUAAAGUCUCUAAGGGACAGGAGGGUGAUGCAACCUCCAAGUCCCCAGUUGGGGAGAAGUCACCCAAAUUCCGCUUUCCUAGGGUGUCCUUAAGCCCCAAGGCCCGGAGUGGGAGUAGGGACCGGGAAGAAGGUGGAUUUAGGGUCCGACUGCCCAGUGUGGGAUUUUCAGAAACAGCAGUUCCAGGCUCCACCAGGAUUGAGGGAACGCAGGCCGCUGCCAUCUGAAGCCCUGGGACAGCUGUGGAUUCCCCCUCUUGUCUUCCCAUCCCCCAGCCUAGCUCCCCAUUUUGUAUGUGACAUUACUAGCACUAAUCCUCAGAGGGCUUGAAGGUGGGCAACUGACUCAGGCAGGAGCCAGGGGCCUGUGCCACCUCACUGGCCAAAGUGCCUGUGUGUCAUGUCAAGCUAUGGGAAUAAAAUAAUUCAAAAGUUGUCAUGUGUCUUGGUUCUCAUGUAGGACACAAGGUCUCCUUAUGUUUUCCCCAUCUGGCUUGUGCAGUGUUAACCUCAGCUUGAACUUAAAAUCUUGUAGCCUUGAGGGGCUGAAGAGAUGGUUCAGAGGUUAAGAUCACUGGCCUCUCAUGCAGAGAUCCUGAGUUCAAUUCCC